GGUACAUUUGAUAUUUUUAUUAUAUAUAAAAAUGUUGUUCUACUCAUUUUUUAAAUCCUUGAUUGGUAAAGAUGUAGUUGUGGAAUUAAAAAAUGAUCUGAGCAUUUGUGGAACUUUACAUUCUGUUGACCAAUAUCUAAAUAUUAAAUUAACUGAUAUAAGUGUAACAGAUCCAGAUAAAUAUCCUCAUAUGCUGUCAGUAAAAAACUGUUUUAUUCGUGGAUCAGUAGUAAGAUAUGUACAACUACCUGGCGAUGAAGUUGAUACACAACUAUUACAGGAUGCAGCUCGUAAAGAAGCAGCCGUACAAACAAGAUGAUUUCAAACGAAAUAUACUGUUAUUUUAUUAAUAUAUUUUUUACAAACUACAUCAAAGAUAUCAAUUAAUUUAAUUGUCUAAAUAUAUGAUUAUCACAUAUAUGUUAGUUUUCUUUGCCAUGCAUUACCUUUUUAUGUAUAAUAGCAGAUAUAAAAGAUAUACUUAAAAAUGUUAUUUUUGUAAUUAUAAAUUUAUUCAAAUAGGAAUGUAAUUAGUGUGUUAACAUUGUUUUUCAUCUUUAUAACCCUCCUUUAUAUGGGUUUGAGGGACAAGUAAUAAUUGUGCCUAUCGUUGUUUGACUUAAAUGAUCGAAUAAGAACUAAUUUUUUCAACAAGAUAGUUCUGUUAACUAUUAAUCAUUUUUUAUUUAUUAGUUUUUAAUAACAUAGUAAUAAUUUUUGUACAAAAAUAUAGACGUUAUAUUUGUACAACAGCAUACAGUGCAGUGUUUAUUUUAUCGUUCAUAUAUAGGUCUAUUUCCUUCUUAUUGAAAU